AUGGAGCCAUAUAAUUUAACAAGUACCGUGGAAUUCCUUCUCCUCGGACUCUCAGAGGACCCUGAACUGCAGCCCAUCUUAUUCGUCCUAUUCCUGAUCAUCUAUGUGCUCACAGUGCUUGGAAAUGUACUCAUCAUCUUGGCCAUCAGCUCUGAUUCCCACCUCCACAGCCCCAUGUACUUCUUCCUCUACAAUCUUUCCUUGUCUGACACAGGCUUCAGCACCACCACAAUCCCUAAAAUGCUGAGAAACAUGCAGACCCAUAACAAGUCUAUAACUUACGCAGCCUGCCUAAGUCAGAUAUCUUUCUUCUUUCUUUUCGGAUGUAUGGACAGCCUACUACUUGCUGUGAUGGCCUAUGACCGAUGGGUUGCCAUUUGUCACCCUCUACACUACCAAGUUAUUCUGAAUCCUCGCCUGUGUAGAUGUUUGGUCUUGGCAUCCUUUUUCAUUAGCCUCAUGGAUUCACAAGUACACUGCCUGAUGGUGUCACAACUAAUAUUUUGCACUAAUAUAGAAAUCCCUCAUUUCUUCUGUGAUGUUCCAGAGCUUCUAAAACUUGCCUGUUCUAACACCUCUAUCAAUAACAUUGUCAUGUUUCUUGUCAGUAUAAUUACUGGUUUUCUCCCUGCCUCAGGAAUCUUUUACUCCUAUUAUAAAAUUAUUUCCUCUGUUUUUAGAGUUCCAUCAUUGUAUGGGAAGUAUAAAGCCUUCUCUACUUGUGGAUCUCACCUGUCAGUUGUUUGCUUAUUUUAUGGAACAGGCCUUGGUGUGUACCUUAGUUCAUCUGUUUCUAGUUCUUCCAGGGAAAGUAUGGUGGCUUCUGUAAUGUAUACCAUGGUGGUUCCCAUGAUGAACCCUUUCAUCUACAGCCUAAGGAACAGAGACAUCAGGAAAGCUCUCCAGAAAAUUGUCAGUUGGAUAACAUAA